CGCUUGUUGGAGAGUACAGGGAAGAACCCCGCAUUGUAGGCUCCUCCCUUUCCUUUUUGCUAUCGCCGUCGUAGAGAGCGCACGUCCCCUUUGCCCCACGAACAUUUUAAAAAUGCGCUACGUUGCAGCUUACCUUCUUGCUGUCCUUGGGGGCAAUGAGUCCCCAAGCUCAAAAGACUUAAAGAAAAUCCUUGACAGUGUAGGCAUUGAGACGGACGAUGAACGUGUGAAUAAGGUCAUUAGUGAGCUGAAUGGAAAAAACAUUGAAGAUGUCAUUGCCCAAGGUAACAGCAAGCUUGCCAGCAUGCCAGUUGGCGGGACUGUAGCAGUCUCUGCUGGAGUUUCCACUGCUCCUGCUGCAGGUGCUGCACCAGCUGCUGCUGAGGAGAAGAAAGAAGAAAAGAAAGAAGAGUCUGAAGAAUCUGAUGAUGAUAUGGGAUUUGGGCUGUUUGAUUAAACUUAAGGGCUAAUCUGUAAUAAACCUUUGUUAAAACAUG